CGUGACGAACCUUUCUCCAUAGACUUAUCGUCAAUGUUACCGACGCAAUUUGGAUCUCAAAAAAAGAAAACGACUUCUUCAGAAAUUUUUUCGAAAACAAAAAGGAAGGAUGAGAGCGUUUCUGCAUUAACGCUUGAUCCUGCUGGCGCACGGCUUAUUACGGGAGGUUAUGAUUAUGAUGUAAAAUUUUGGGAUUUUGCAGGAAUGGACUCUUCAUUUCGUCCGUUUCGGACCAUCAAACCAUGUGGCGAUCAUCAAAUUCAUCACUUAGAAUAUAGCUUGAGUGGUGAUCAAUUUUUAAUUAUAUCUGGUACAGCACAAGCAAAACUUUAUGACCGUGAUGGAUUUGAAAUUGAAGAAUAUAUUAAAGGCGAUCCCUACAUUCGAGACAUGCGAAACACAAGUGGCCACAUAGCUGCCCUGACAUGUGGAGGUUGGCAUUCGAAUGAUAGGCAGACUUUCUUUACUGGAUCCGCUGACAGUACAAUUAGAAUAUGGGAUGUAGAGAAUAAACGCAAGCAGAAACAUGUUCUUGUACAUAAGUCUAAAGAACGCGGCGGAAGAAGUGCUAUAACUGCGGCAUGCUAUAGUCCAGAUUCAAAAUUUUUGGCUGGAGCUGCACAAGAUGGGAGCCUCUUUUUGUGGGGUGCCAAUGGACCUUAUACUCGUCCUUCACAUGCAAUCCUAUGUCAUUAUGCUUAUUUCAUUUUGAAAUUAAAGAUGAUUGAAAAAGCUCAUCAACCAUAUAGUGAAACUUCUUCAAUAGUAUUUUCCAGAAAUAAUUGGUCAAUGGUAACGAGGGGUGGCGAUGAUUGUGUAAAAGUUUGGGAUAUACGUAAUUUUAAAAAUGCCGUAGCCCAGACCAAAGAGUUACCGUCUUUUAAUGCAGAGACUAACGUAAUAUUCAGUCCUGACGAGCGAAUGAUUAUUACUGGUACUGCUACUAAAAAAGGAGAAGGAUAUGGAAAAUUAGUGAUGAUGGACCGUGAAUCACUAGAGAUUGUUCGCACAAUGAGUAUUACAAAAUCCAGUGUUAUUCGAGUUUUAUGGCAUUCGCGAAUCAAUCAGAUCGUUACUGGAAGUGCGGACGGAUUGGUUCAUGUAUUCUAUGAUCCAGCUAUAAGUGUUCGAGGCGCCAAAUUGUGUGUUGUCAAAGAACCUAAGAAACGGGCUAUUGAUGACUAUGAAAUUAAUCGACCAAUUAUUGCACCACACUCGUUAUCAAUGUUCCGAGAUGAUAGACCAAAGUCGACAAAGCGAAAGAGAGAAAAAUUGCGCAAAGAUCCUGUUGCAUCACGUAGACCGGACCUUCCUGUUAAUGGUCCUGGUAAGGGUGGUAAGAUUGGUAGCAGCUUGACACAGCACAUAAUGAAGGAGUUGAUAAAGGAUACGACUAGAGAUGAGGAUCCUCGCGAAGCUUUAUUAAAAUUUGCAGAGAUAUCCAAUAAUGAUCCACAAUGGAUUGGGAAUG